AUGAAUGAUAUGAAGGAGUAUUAUGGGAGUGGAGAGACAAAGAAAGUGUCAUGGAGAGAAUCCCAACUCAAAGGGUUGUGUCGUUUCCUCAUUGAAAAAGAAGAUGAUAUUUUGAAGGCCUUAAUGCUCGACUUAGGAAAGCAUAAAGUUGAAGCUUUUAGAGAUGAGAUAGGAACUUUGAUGAAGUUCUUGAAUUUUGCAUUGAGUAACUUAAAAUAUUGGAUAUCAGGCAAAAAGGCUAAAUUGCCACAAAUAGCACUGCUUAGUAGUGCAGAAAUUAUUCCUGAACCUCUGGGCCUAGUCCUCAUUAUUUCAUCUUGGAAUUUCUCCUUUGGUUUAUCCUUGGAGCCACUAAUAGGAGCAGUAGCAGCUGGAAACACAGUGGUCUUAAAGCCUUCAGAGUUGUCACCAGCAUGUUCUUCCAUACUUGCCCUUGGACUUCCCAAUCAUAAGGAAGCAAUCUUUAGAGUUAUAGCUGCUAUUCUUCAUCUUGGAAACAUUAACUUUGCAAAAUCAGAGGAAAAAACUGAUUCAUCAGUUCUAGAAAAUGAAGAGUCCAAGUUGCAUCUCCAAAUAACUGCAGAACUUCUCAUUGCUUUGGAAGAUGCACUUUGUAAGCGUGUGAUGAUUACCCCAGAGGAAGUUAUUAAAAGAAGUCUUGAUCCUCUUGGUGCAACGGUUAGCAGGGAUGGUUUAGCCAAAACACUAUAUUCUUAUUUAUUUUACUGGUUAGUCCAAAAAAUCAAUGUCUCAAUUGAGCAAGACACAGAGUCAAAAUGUCUCAUUGGUGUUCUUGACAUAUAUGGCUUUGAAAGCUUUAAGAAUAACAGUUUUGAGCAGUUUUGUAUUAAUUUCACAAAUGAAAAGCUGCAGCAACAUUUCAACCAGCAUGUGUUUAAGAUGGAACAAGAGAAAUACAAAAGAAGGGAUUGAUUGGAGCUACUUAGAAUUUGUGGAUAAUCAAGAUGUACUUGAUCUAAUUGAAAAGGUUUAUACAUACUUUAUGGCUAUGCUUCAUUUUGUAAUAUUUAUAGCUAGAUUUCAAUCUGAUAGAGUACAUAUAUAUAUGUAUAUAUAUAUUGCAAACUGCUUAUGUAGUUUGUAUUUGAUUUACUUUGUAAUAUUCAAAAAUGCAACUUAGAUACUAAUUUGUUUACAAUAUAUAUACAUCUUUACAAUUAUUACAAAGAAUUUUCAAGAUGUCUCCUCUGAAUUUGCAUUCAAAAUGUUAUGUCCUCAUUAUCUAAAGCAAUCCUUU